AUAAUAGCCUAUAUGAGGCUCAACCAAAAGCAGAGAAGAAAGGGGUUUCCUCUGGCUCUCUCUCUCUUUCUUUCUUUCUCUCUCUCUAUGGCUUUGUUUUCUCAGCAAAUCCUUCUCCCUGCUCUUCUUCUUCUUUGUCUCUCAAAUGCACAAAACUGUACAGCAGACAGCUGUGACCUCUUCCAUGGAAGUUGGGUGGAGGACCCCUCAUACCCUCUCUACGACGCCGCCACCUGCCCCUUCAUCGAGAAGGAAUUCAACUGCCAGAAAAACGGUCGCCCCGACCGCCAGUAUCUCCAGUACCGGUGGCAGCCCACCGGCUGUGAUUUACCAAGAUUUGAUGGGGUGGAGUUCUUGAAGAUAUUUGAAGGAAGGAGCAUAAUGUUUGUGGGGGACUCUCUGAGUAGAGACCAGUGGCAGUCCUUAACAUGCUUGCUCUACACUUCUGCUCCCAACCUCACCUACAAUCUCACUAGAGUUGCUAUGACCUCCACAUUCACUAUCCCAGAAUAUGGAGUCAACGUGUUGCUUGAUCGCAAUAUGUUUCUGGUGGAUAUUGUAAACGAGACCAAAGGAAGAAUCUUGAAGCUGGACUCGAUGCAGGAUGGCAACAACUGGCUGGGAAUGGACAUGCUCGUCUUCAACACGUGGCAUUGGUGGAACUACCGACACGCCCACCAACCAUGGGAUUAUAUUCAAGUGGGGAAGGUGGUGAUGAAGGACAUGGAUCGGAUGGCAGCAUUCGAGAUGGCGCUUGGCACAUGGGGCCGAUGGCUGGAUUCCAACAUUGAUCCAACCCAGACUCUGGUUUUCUUCCAAGGCAUCUCUCCAAAUCAUUACAACGGCUCAGACUGGGGUGAACCCAAUGCGAAGCAAUGCGAGGGGCAGACCACUCCGGUGGCGGGCUCAACCUACCCCGGCCAGUACCCGCCAGCGGUGGCGGUGGUGAAGAGGGCAUUGACCAAGAUUCAGAUACCGGUGACCUUGCUUGACAUAACCACACUUUGUCUGCUGAGAAAAGAUGGGCAUCCCUCCAUUUAUGGGAUUGGUGGUGCCUCUGGAAUGGACUGCACCCAUUGGUGCAUCGCCGGGGUGCCUGAUACUUGGAACCAAAUCCUCUUUCAAAUUGCUCUUUCAAGUCUUUAGCUAGUAUUUGAUUGAUUCUUCAUCAAUUGGUCACAUUCAAAUAUUUGGAUUCAAAAUGUUUUGCCACGGAACUGAAUCAUUUGUUUCAUCAUGGGCAGUUGGUUGUUUGC